AUGGCCUCGCUCUACCCCAUGGCCUCGCUCUACGUCGGGGACCUACACCCCGACGUGACCCAGGCGAUGCUCUACGAGAAGUUCAGCCCAGCCGGGCCGAUUCUCUCCAUCCGGGUUUGCAGAGACCUGAUCACGCAUCGCUCCUUGGGCUACGGGUAUGUGAACUUCCAGCAGCCGGCGGACGCCGAGCGUGCUCUGGACGCCAUGAAUUUUGAUAUUAUUAAGGGCAGGCCAGUUCGCAUUAUGUGGUCUCAGCGUGAUCCAUCACUUCGCAGAAGUGGAGUAGGCAACAUAUUCAUUAAAAAUUUGGACAAAUCCAUUGAUAAUAGGGCACUGUAUGAAAUAUUUUCUGCUUUCGGUAACAUCCUUUCAUGUAAGGUGGUUUGUGACGAAAAUGGUUCCAAGGGCUAUGGAUUUGUACACUUUGAGACACAGCAUGCAGCCAGAAGAGCUAUUGAAAAUAUGAAUGGGAUGUUUCUAAAUGAUCUUCAAGUAUAUGUUGGACGAUUUAAGUCUCGUAAAGAAAGAGAAGCAGAACUCGGAGCUAAGGCAAAAGAGUUCACUAAUGUUUACAUAAAGAAUUUUGGAGAAGAUAUGGAUGAUGAGCGCCUUGAGGGGCUCUUUGGCAAGUUUGGACCUGCCUUAAGUGUGAAAGUAAUGACUGAUGAGAGUGGAAAAUCCAAAGGGUUUGGAUUUGUAAGCUUUGAAAGGCAUGAAUGUGCACAGAAAGCUGUGGAUGAGAUGAAUGGAAAAGAGCUCAAUGGAAAACAAAUAUAUGUUGGUCGAGCUCAGAAAAAAGUGGAACGGGAGACAGAACUUAAGCGCAAAUUUGAACAGAUGAAGCAAGAUAGGAUCACUAGAUACCAGGAUCUUAACCUUUAUGUGAAAAAUCUUGAUGAUACUAUUGAUGAUGAGCGUCUCCGGAAAGAGUUUUCUCCAUUUGGUACAAUCACUAGUGCAAAGGUCAUGAUGGAAGGUGGUCACAGCAAAGGGUUUGGCUUUGUAUGUUUCUCUGCCCCAGAAGAAGCCACUAAAGCUGUUGCAGAAAUGAACGGUAGAAUGAUGGCCACCAAGCCACUGUAUGUCGCUUUAGCCCAGCGCAAAGAAGAGCGCCAGGUUCACCUCACUAACCAGUAUAUGCAGAGAACGGGAAGUGUACGAGCUGUGCCCAUCCCCAGUAUGGACCCCUACCAGCCAGCACCUCCUUCACAUUCCUUCAUGGCAGUUAUCCCACAGCCUCAGAACCGUGCUUCAUACGAUCCUCCUAGCCAAAUUGCGCAACUAAAACCAAGUCCUUGCCAGACUGCUCAGGGUGCCAGACCCCAUCCAUUCCAGAAUAUGCCCUAUGCUGUCUGCCCAGCCGCUCCUAGACCACCAUUUAGUACUAUGAGACCAGCUUCUUCACAGGUUCCACGAGUCAUGCCAACACAGCCUGCUGCUAACACAUCAACACGGAGAACGGGUCCACAUCUUGCAGCUGCUGCUACUGCAGCUACUCCUACUGUCUGCACCGUUCCACAGUACAAACAUGCUGCAGGAGUCGGCAAUCCUCGGCAACGUCUUAAUGCACAGCCACAAGUUACCAUGCAACAGCCUGCCAUUCACGUACAAGGUCAGAAACCUUUGACCACUUCCAUGUUGGCAAAUGCCUCUCCUCAAGAGCAAAAGCAAAUGUUGGGUGAUCGGCUGUUUCCUCUUAUUCAAGCCAUGCACCCUACUCUUGCUGGCAAAAUCACUGGCAUGUUGUUGGAGAUUGAUAAUUCCGAACUUCUUCAUAUGCUUGAGUCUCCAGAGUCCUUCCAUUCUAAGGUUGAUGAAGCAGUAGCUUUACUACAAGCCCACCAAGCUGAAGUGGCAGCCCAGAAAGCAAUUUACAGUGCCACCAAUUUUCCACUGGUUUAA